AUGCCAUUACUCGCUGGGUUGAGUUCUGAUUAUCUUCACGUUCGUGAUCAGGUUAUUAUGCAGGAUCCCCUUCUCCUAUUGACGACAGUCUAUGCCAUGUGUCAGCGAGUUAUGGUCUCUACUCUUUAUUCUCAUUCAUUUGUGCCACCUAAGCGUUCGACACAUCUUACUGGCGAUCAGUCCUCCCUUGGUCUUCAGGUACCAUCCUUGAGCUUAGGGCGUAUUUCUGGUUUUGGUAGUCAUGGUAGUACUUUUGAUCGCCGCUCUAUAUCCGGCUUUUGUACCUUCCUAGGUAGCAAUCUUAUAACCUGGAAGAGCAAAAAGCAGCUAGUUAUUGCCCGGUCCUCGGCAGAAGCAGAAUAUCGUGUUAUGGCUCAUGCGACGUGUGAACUUUUUGAUGAACAUACUUGGAAGACCAUCUCUUCAUCCGCAAAGCAAUUGAUUUCCAGUCUUCUAACUGCUGGUCCUCAUAGAAGACCCACUGCACAAGGGCUUCUACUGCAUCCAUGGGUGAUUGGUGACUCUGCAAAGGACCUAAUGGACUUGGAGGUUGUUUCACGGCUGCAAAGUUUCAAUGCAAGGUGCAAAUUCCAUAAUGCAGCAAUAGCGAGCGUGUUGGGUAGCAUGGUUUUCUUGCAAACGAAGAAGUUGAGGACUCUGUUAGGGUCCCAUGAUCUUACUCAUGAGGAGCUCGAGAAGCUGAGAAAACAUUUCAAGAGAAUAUGUGCAAAUCGAGACACUGCCACUCUUUCUGAAUUUGAACGAGUGCUAAAAGCAAUAAACAUGAGCUCACUUCUCCCCCUUGCUCCACGUGUCUUUGAUCUAUUCGACAACAACCGUGAUGGGACUGUGGACAUGACAGAGAUCCUAUGUGGGAUGUAUGAUAGAGUCAGGUCAGGAUGCAUCAUGAAGGAAGAAGUAGCGUCAAUGCUUAGAGCCUUGCCAGAAGACUGCCUUCCUGCAGACAUAACUGAACCUGGGAAGCUUGAUGAGAUUUUCGAUCAGAUGGAUGCCAAUAGUGAUGGAAAGGUCACGUUCGAUGAGUUCCAAGCUGCCAUGAAGAGAGACAGUUCCCUCCAAGAUGUAGUCCUCUCUUCUUUGCGGCCAAUCUAG